CUAAAUUCGAUUCGUCUGUUAUCAAGAAUAGAGUUGUUGGUGGGAGUUCAAGCAAGCAUUCGGUUGAUUCCAAGCAUAAAUUUUCGACCACAACCUCAACUAAUGUUUCUAAAACUGAGUUGGCAAACUCUGAAGAAGACAUUGAUGGGCAGUUUACUGGAAAGUGGUGGCACAAUCUCAUCACUCCAUGUAGGAAGUAAAGCAAGAUUGAGAUGAAGAAGCUGAGAACUUGAGUGGUGCACUAAGAAUUGAAACAGGAAGACAUGCUCUGUGCUGUUUCAGAGAUGAAGGAUCAAGUCCUGGAGAACAAUGGGGGUGUAUUACUUCAGUAAAAAAUAUGAAGCCUUUCUCACUCUUUAUCAGAAAGAUGCCCCUUCCACUGCUAUCUCACUCUUUAUCCACCUCUAAAGAUUUAGGGGCCGUUUACCAAAUACUUACCCGGAAGUACAAAGAAAUUAGUGCUCCACGUGUUGAGGACUUAUGUUUCAUCACAGACGACACCUACACUAGACAAGAGGUACUGGACAUGGAGCUUCAAGUUAUGGACAUAUUGAGCUUUCAUCUUUCUGUUCCAACUGUAAAAAAGUUCCUUAGGAGAUUCAUUUUAGCAGCACAAAGUUCUUAUAAGCACCAACUCUUCAUGCCGAUUAAGCCACAUUGAGAUGUCUGCUAGACUUGCCUCAAAAGAAUUCGAGCUUACUUCAACCAAAUCUGGGCUCGUUCAUAUGAAGUAUGAAAUGUCUGAGCUGCAUUAAAUGGUGAGGUCGAUUGUAUUUGGCCAACCACUUUCGAGUAUUUCAGCUUCACUAAUUAAAUGUUCAAG